AUGACAGUUGAGGAAGUUGCCUUCUUGUCCACCUCCGCCCGCGCCGCUCGCGCUGGCACCUGCCGGCGUGUAUCUCGGGCUCGCGUAGCGGUUGUAAGGGCUGCCAAGACAGCUGAUGGCCCUCGUGUGGCUGUCGUUGGCGUGACCGGUGCUGUCGGCCAGGAGUUCCUGACGGUCCUGAGGGAGCGCAAUUUUCCUUAUAGCAACAUCAAGCUGCUUGCCUCGGCUAGAUCUGCGGGACAAAAGCAGGAGUUUGAGGGCCACACGUAUACAGUUGAGGAGCUGACGGAGAACAGCUUCAAGGACGUGGACAUCGCCCUCCUUAGCGCUGGCGGCUCGAUCAGCAAGAAGUUUGGGCCUAUCGCCGCCAAGGAUGGCGCUAUUGUUGUGGACAACAGCUCGGCAUUCCGCAUGACGGAGGGUGUGCCGCUUGUCAUUCCGGAGGUCAACCCAGAGGCCAUGUCCCACAUCAAGGUUGGCAAGGGCGGUGCCAUCAUCGCCAACCCGAACUGCUCCACCAUCAUUGCCUUAAUGGCCGUGACGCCGUUGCACCGACUGGCCACAGUCAAGCGCAUGUGCGUGUCGACCUACCAAGCCGCAUCGGGGGCUGGUGCCGCGGCCAUGGAGGAGCUUCGGCAGCAGACCCGGGACGUUCUGGAUGGCAAGCCAGCCCAGCCAAAGAUUUUCCCACAGCAGUAUGCCUUCAACCUGUUCAGCCACAACAGCGGCAUGGACGUUGAUUUGGGCUACAACGAGGAGGAGAUGAAGCUGGUCAAGGAGACUCGCAAGAUUUGGAACUUCCCAUCAGUGCGCAUCACCGCUACUUGCGUGCGUGUGCCCAUCAUGCGCGCUCACGCCGAGUCCAUCAACCUCGAGUUCGAGAACGACAUCUCUGAGGCACAAGCCCUGGAGGCCCUGGCCGCUUUCCCAGGAGUGUCGAUCAUCAACGACCGCCAAAACAACCGUUUCCCGACACCUCUGGACGCGACCAGCAAAGACAACGUGCUAGUCGGCCGCGUGCGCCGCGACAUUUCCCGUGAUGACAAGAAAGGCCUGGACCUGUUUGUGUGCGGUGAUCAGAUCAAGAAAGGCGCUGCACUCAACGCCGUGCAGAUUGCCGAACUCCUGCUCUAGGGAAGGGCCGUAGAACGCGGCCUUGGCAGGCUGCUUGUGGCGUGCGAUCCAGUGGUCUUGCAUUGUGGGUAUGGAGGGACCCAUACGUCCAAUAUAAUUGUGUCCCAAACGUGGCUUUGUGGUGACUUCGCGGCCAUGUGCCAUAUGUCAUGUACAGUCCAUUGCGGUGUUUUUAGAGGAGCUCACGGCCAUAAUGCCAAACCUUCCAUCUUACCUUUUAAUGCCAAAAUUUUUGUCUCUCCCUCUUACGGGAAUGUUUGGCCAAGAACGGGUGGGACGAGCGCGAAAAUCAGAGACACAUACACACACCAUGGGUGAAUGCUUGCCGCAAUUAUAAUUCCCACCUCUGCUACCCAGCAAGCCAGCCCGGUUUGGCCCGUUCAGCAACAUGUCAGCACGAACUGUAAGACCUUGGGCCAUGCAUGCGUGUUGACUGAGUCCGAGCUAGUUGCCAGGGCUUUGAUGGACAACGUUAAUGGAUACAUUUAAUGUAAAGUUUCCAUACGUC